AUGGCCUGGCGAAGCUCCGGUGCUACGAACCAGGAGUUGGUGGAGAACAUGUGGAAGCGUGGGCUUAUCAAGGACCAAAGGGUCAAGGACGCAUUCCUCAAGGUCGACCGCGCACACUAUGCCCCCAGCGCACCCUACCAAGACUCCCCCCAAUCCAUAGGCUACAAGGCCACCAUCUCGGCCCCCCACAUGCACGCCACGGCCGCCGAAUCCCUCCUACCGCACAUUAUCCCGUCCGACAAGAAGCCUGCACCGCGGGUGCUCGACAUUGGCUCCGGGUCGGGGUACUUGACGCACCUCCUCGCCGAGCUCACAGGGGACAAGGGGCUUGUCGUGGGGUUGGAACACAUCCAGGCGCUGCGGGAGCUGGGCGAGAAGAACAUGGGCAAGAGCGCCGAGGGGAGGACGUUAUUGGAAAGUGGGCGGGUGAGGUUCCGCGUCGGAGACGGGAGAAAGGGGUGGGUUGAGGCGCCGAGGGAGGGGGAAGAGGGCGCCGGGACCGGCUGGGACGCCAUCCAUGUCGGGGCCGCUGCGGUGGAGCUUCACCAGGAGCUGGUGGAUCAACUCCGGGCACCGGGGAGGAUGUUCAUCCCCGUCGAGGACGACAAUGGCCACGGUCAGUAUGUGUGGGCUAUCGACAAGAAGGAAGACGGGUCUGUCGUCAAGGAGAGGCUGUUCGGGGUUCGAUACGUGCCUCUGACUGAUGCGCCCAAGACGUAA